AUGUCCAACGCAGCCAACACUAAAGAGAUCGCGCCGUCAAUCGACGUAAAGAACCUCAGUUAUGCCUUUCCAGAUGGUUCAAGUGGGCUGAAGGAUGUGUUCCUAGACCUGCCUCCCGGCAGCAGAACACUUUUGAUCGGCGCCAAUGGUGCGGGUAAGACGACGCUUCUUCGCCUCCUCUCCGGCAAGCGCAUGGCCCCCUCCGACACCGUCCACAUCGCGGGUAUCGACCCUUUCAAGAUGGGUCUUGAAGGCGUGACCUACCUUGGCCUCGAAUGGGUACUCAACCCCAUUGUCCGUACCGAUAUCGAUGUCCCGACGCUUUUGUCCUCCAUUGGCGGUGAUCACUACACAGAGCGCCGCGACGAACUCGUGCGCAUACUUGAUAUCGACCUCAGCUGGCGCAUGCAUGCCGUCUCGGAUGGCGAGAGGAGACGUGUACAACUUGCUAUGGGUCUGCUGAGACCGUGGACCAUCCUGCUGUUGGAUGAGAUCACCGUUGAUCUGGAUCUGUUGUCGCGCAGCAACUUCCUCAACUUCUUGAAGAAGGAGACGCAGGAACGCCCAUGCACUAUCGUAUACGCGACGCACAUUUUGGACAACCUCGCGACAUGGCCUACACAUCUCGUGCACAUGAGCUUAGGCAAGGUCAAGAAGUGGGGCAGCACCGAAGAGAUGGAUGUCAAGGUCGAGCAGGGCGAGCGCAUGUACACCGGAAACAGCCAACUGGGUGAGCUGGUGUUGAAGUGGCUCCAAGAGGAUCUGACUGAGAGGGGACCAAGGAACGGAAAGGGCGAGGGGGCUACGUACCAGAAUCUAGAGGGCAAAGGUGGUUAUGGAGCCGAGAAGAGAGUCGAGGACAAGUGA